AUGGCCAUAACAUCCUUGGCAUGUCUUCACCAGCUCACUAGCCUAACUCUUGUCAUCAUUCCUGGAUUAUCAAUCAUGAAGGAGAGCAACACUAUUCCUGAUCAUCAUAUUCGGACCCAGGUUCUAAACAUCCAUGUGGAAUCCAAUUCACUUACAGAAUCUAUCUCUGUAAAUACUGGAUUUCCAGCUCUUCUAUCCCUCUUGUCCAAUCAUCCCAUCACUUGCCAAGGUCUCAGCAUCAACAUUCACCAAGAAUAUUGCUCAGCAAAUGUCAUUCUGCAUUUCUUCAAUACUCUCACAUCACUUGCACCAAUCAAUGAUGAUGAUGAUGAAUUCCUAGCUUGGGAGAAUCUGGCAGCUUUCAGAUUACAGAUGCCAUGGGACAAGAAUUUUUUCAUAUUGGAUGAAGAAAGUAUUCAGAUUCCAAGAAAUGGAUUAGCUGCUUUGCACAGACUGGUCUAUUUGACUGCUCUGGAGCUGGAGGACUUGGGAACUUGUAGGAUUGAUGAUGAUGCCUUGAGGAAUUUGGCCCUCAGCUUGCCUUAUCUUCAAUGUCUCUUGUUAGGCACAAGACAACUUUGGGAGGAACCUCCAAGAGCCACUCUAUGGGGAAUAUCACUUGUUCUGCACUACUGCCCCCAUCUAGAGACACUUGGUCUGCUGUUUUACUGCAGCUUAGGACACCACAAGAUUGAAUAUGCUGAUACCAAUAACCUGAUCACUACAUUGCAGGUUGGAUUCUCACCUCCUCACAGUUCUUUUACUGUGGCAGCAUUCCUUGCUCAUUCAUUGCCUAAUCUUGAUUCAAUCAUGGUGGAGCCUGAAGAAUCUCAUAGGAAAUAUGGCCAUAGUAGAACUGAUCUGACUCUGCCUGACCGUGACAUUAGGAUUCAAGAAUGGAGCAGAAUUUUAGACUUGACUACAGAGUUUGCAGAUAUCUGA